UAAAUAAAUGAAAAUACUGCAUACCUUAUCAUAUACUGUCUUGGUGGUUGAAAAUGGAUCAAACAAUCCUGUGUGUACGAUUUAAUUUGGUUCAUCUUAUUUGUUUCAUUUAACUUGUGUUUAGUACAGAAUCAGUCCUUCAUUCAAUGUUUUUAGUCGUUUCCUCUUUUUAAAAUUUGUGAUGAAAUAUACAAGGAAUCUGAUGGGAUUCAAAUGAUGUGUUACCGUCAACUGAUGAUAUCUGAGGCUUUACUCAAAGAGGAAAUCACCGCCUAAAACCUAGUUUCACAGCAUGAGACACUUCAGCAAAACAUUGUGAGGCAGAAGCCACACACAGUGCUUUCCCUGGAAAGAGAGAUGUGCUUCCCUCUGAUCUUUUGUGGGUGGAUGAUGUUUUCUUCAGUCUUUGCUUUUGGUGAUGUGGCAGUGAAUCGCACGAAACCGUUAUGUGUCAAUCGCGGACAGUCAGCCAAAAUCAGAUGCAACUACAGCCGAACAAAUGACACAGAGAGUAUGACAGCAGCUCUGCAAACAUUAAAUCUUACACUGUGUUCAUAUUACUUUUUUCACAAUACAUGGAAAGAACACCAUUGCAAAGAUUCUGUCAGAUUCACAUGGAUUCCAGAGACUAAGGACAUGACGUUUGAACUCCUAAAUCUCCAAAUUCAGGAUACCGGCACAUACACCUGUUCUGUGAAAAGGAUUGUAAAACCACCUGAAGUGGAUCUCGGAGUUCAAAGAGUUCAAGUAAUUGUGCAUCCCGUCUUGUUGCUGUCCUGUGUUAAGAGGCCUGAUGGAUCUCUCAUGAUUCUGUGCUCUGUGGAAUUUUACCCUGAUUCUCUUGAACAGAUGUGGAUCAGAGAUGGAGAUGUCCUCAACAGCUCAUACUCAAACAAAUCAUUCAAUGGAUCCUUUAGUCACCAAUCAUACCUUAUAUUGCCACCACAAACUUUCAAUGAUACAAUCUACUCCUGCUGGGUAAACCACCCGUCUUUAAACAAACCACUCGUGGCCAAUGUAUCGAGCUCUGUCUGUUAUGAAAGUGACGGUGUAACUGUGAUUGUGACAGUAGUGUUUGUCAUGCUGAUAGUGACACUGACUGUCUUUUUGAUCGCACUAGUCAUAUGCAAACAUUACAGAAGAACAUGUCAGCAGUCUGUGAGUGUUACAGUUGAGGCUGUCCUCCCUGAUCCCCUGCAGUCUGAGAUACUGUACUCGACACUGGGUGACCAUCAUCCAGUCCGCUGCAGCCCUUCCGAUGUCCGAUCAAUUGCAUAAUAAACACUGAAUGAGCAAAUAUUACAAUGUUAGAUUUGUGCAUAUCUCAUUGUUAUCACAGUGGUUUUUAAGUGGUUUGUUAUGGGGCUGGUUACAUAAACUGCUCUGACUAGUCUUAAAGGGCACCUAUUAUGCAAAAUCUACUUUUACAUGGUGUUUCACAUACAUGGGGCAGUUCUGGUCUAAUGGAUAGACAGUCAGACUUGUAAUCUGACAGUCGCGGUUUCGAGUCUCAAGUCCGUCAAGUGUGUUCACGGCAUGUGUGUGUGUGUUAGUUUAAUACUCACUGCUGUGUGUGUACUUGGAUGGGUUACAUGCAGACCCCAAGUAUGGCAAACAAUACUUGGCCACACGUCACAUCCUUAAAUGUGUGUACCCUGCAAUGAUAAAAAUCCACCCAGUCCUUAUUUUUGUAAUCCCCAGUAAUCCAAAUCAGUCUCAUUAGACAUGCCGUUUUGAUUCUCUGUGCAUUGUGAUGUCACAUUGUUUAUGCCCCGCCUACAGCCGUCGCACCGAGGGAGCCUGAAACCCCCUUUACAUAUAGAGCAUUUAAAAGCAGCAUUCAAGUAAGAAAUGUGUUCGUAUUGAAGCUGUUGAAGUUAAUCGGUCAACAGCAGUGAGUGAUUGUGUGUUUUUAUUUAUUGUUUGGGUCAUAUUAACAGUGUAGACAGCAGUUGGUAUUGUAUAUUAUGCUGCUGUCACUUCAUAAACAGAUCUAAUAUAAAGAUGUGAUUUCUUUCCCAGCUGUUUACCUUCACAAACCUAAACGGCUGUGUUUUUUAAAAUGCGUUUUUUAGCAUAACCUAGUGUGUAUUUGACAGUUUAAGAGCAAUAGGACAUGAAAGAGAACUUCCUUUAGUACUCAUGUGCCGCCUGACAGCUACUUCUUGUGCAGGUAACUAGACACCUGAGACUUGUAUUACAUCUUGUAAAAAGGGAAAAAGUCACAUGACAUACAGCCAACUAUGGUGACUUUAUGAGUAAUUCAUUGAAUCAUUCACUUAACUGGGGAGCGUUUCCAAAAACCACAGUUGCUAACUAAGUUGAAACUCAUGUAUUAAAUAAAUUCAGUGCA